AUGGAUCAUGAUGAAUUAGAUAAAACUUUAUCCGAUGUUAAUAAGCUUUGUGAAUUAAUUCAAAAACUUAAUCAAGAAAAUGAAAAAAAAGAAAAAUCUUUAAAGUAUCAAAAAAAACAUAAAGGAAGUCUAUCUACAUUGUGCAUUAAUGUUAAUAAACAUUAUAAAAAAUUUGAUGAACUAAAAAACCAUUUACCUGCUAUACCUAAUUCAGAUGAUGUUGUGAUGAUAUCUG